GCUUCAAGGGGAAAAUGUUGAUGAUUCGUCGCGUCAGCAAUCUCUUAUUUCAAAUGUUGAUAAUUCAAGGGCUUUGAAAAAUACGUUUCCGACUAUUAAUGCUGCCGAAUUUAAUGCUCAAACUUUAUCCCUAAUAAGUAAAAAUACUCGUCAUUCAAAUAAAAGUGGUAUUUUGCCAACAUUUGAGGUAUUUAUUAGGAGUUCAAAAACUCGUACUCUUAUUAAAGCUAAGUGUAUUUUAGACAGUGGUUCAACUUCUAACGUUUUAACCGAAGCGCUUGCUAAUGCAUUAGAGGUCCCAUUGCGAAAAAUAAACAACCCCAUUGCAGGGUUAGGUAAUAAUAAAACUGCUGUAAAAAGGAAAUUACAGGCUGAUAUUACUAACAGGGAUGGGACUUAUUUUAAAACAUUAGAUUUCUUAGUUGUGAAAAAGAUAACAGAUUUUAUUCCAACUGCACCAUUAUCAUUAAAUAAAUUUGAGUUACCUAAAAGCAUACAUUUAGCAGAACCUAAUAUUUUCGCAAAUUCAGCUAACGUAGACAUGCUCAUAGGAGCGGAAGCAUUGUUUGAAAUUAUGAGGACAGGCGAUAUUAACAUACCAGGUACUGAAAUAGUUUUAAGAAAUUCUGUUUUUGGGUUUAUCUUUACGGGAGCAAUAGGUACAAAUAGUCAGGAUAAAGCUAAAGACUUCUGUGGGUUAAUCAGCCAAUCUACUAACACUUUAGAGCAAACCCUGAGAAAGUUUUGGGAAGUUGAGGAUAGCUUAAGCUCAAAAGAGCAUUACAUGAGCCUAGAAGAUAAUUUAUGCGAGCUGCAUUAUCAAAAUACGCUCAAGAGAGACAACACUGGUAGAUACAUAGUUCAAAUGCCAAUCAAAGAUCUCCAUAAGCUGGGAGAAUCCAAACAUUUAGCAGAGCAAAAACUUAAUCAGCUUUGGAGAUGGCUUUCUAAAAAUGACACUAUGAGGAGUCAUUAUAUUAAAUUCAUGUAA